AUGGAAGACAACGCUGAACUAGAGUCGUUUCGACGGCAGUGGCGGGAGGAAGUUACCCGCCGGACGAAGCAGGCUAAACCUAGCACACCACGGCCAAUAUCUACCACGGGCCCCUCUUCUAUUGUACGACCGAGUCAGUUCCCGCCAACUCGCCACGAAGCCUCGCUACGCAAAGAAGAUGAUGAGGAAGGGGGUACACCAUUUGGCAGCUCUGAAAUCAUCCAAGGUGUCAGCAACCUAAGCAUAGCCAAUGAUGAGGAUGUUUUCCACUCACACGGAACACGAAAGGAGCCUAAAUCAGCUCUAGAGCACUUUGAACGAGCGGUUGAGAGGGAGUCUGAGGGGAAGUUGGGGGAUAGUCUACAUCAUUACCGCAAAGCAUACAAGGGCGUGGAAAAAGCCAGCCCAAGCCCCUACAGCGAACAUACCUUCAAAAGAUCAACAAAAUCAGGGUGA